UUAACACAUUAACUGAUGAAUAUACAAAAAACCAUGGCUACAGAAAGUUGGGAUACUGAUGAUGUUGUAGUUGGUGCUGCUAGCCAACUUGCCGAGGCACCGGAGGUGAAGCUGUUUGGCCGCUGGAGUUGUGAUGACGUUCAAGUCAGUGACAUCAGUUUAACUGAUUAUAUUGCUGUGAAAGAAAAGUUUGCAAAGUAUCUUCCACACAGCGCUGGACGAUAUGCUGCUAAGCGAUUCAGGAAGGCCCAGUGUCCAGCUGUGGAACGUCUGACCAACUCUAUGAUGAUGCAUGGACGUAACAAUGGCAAAAAGCUGCUGACCAUGCGCAUUGUUAAGCAUGCUUUUGAGAUCAUUCAUCUUCUGACUGGAGAGAACCCACUCCAGGUCCUUGUUAAUGCCAUCAUUAACAGUGGACCAAGAGAAGAUUCCACCCGUAUUGGUCGUGCUGGUACUGUCCGUCGUCAAGCUGUUGAUGUCUCUCCUCUGCGUAGAGUCAACCAGGCCAUCUGGCUAUUGUGCACUGGAGCUCGUGAAGCAUCCUUUAGGAACAUCAAGACCAUUGCUGAGUGCUUGGCUGAUGAGCUGAUCAACGCCGCUAAGGGAUCUUCCAACUCCUAUGCCAUCAAGAAGAAGGAUGAACUUGAGAGAGUGGCCAAGUCCAACCGUUAAGGAUGCAGAUUAAAGUACAGUAAUAUAGAAACCAUGGUAAAAGGUCAAAAUGAUGGUGACCCCACUUAUGAAUAUUCAUAAGCAUUUAUGUAAACACAGCUCUGUUGAAAGUACAGAUUUGUAAAAUACAUUGGUAACUAAAA